AUGACAGUGCGCGUUCAGCACACACUCCGGGCUGACCCCAGACCUGCCUCCGAUGAUGAUGAUGACAUCACCAAAGCCUGUGAUCGCGACGCGCGUCUGAGCGCCACUGCAGUCACAGCGCGAGCGAUGCGGAGCGACACUUCACGCGUUUAUCCCACCGAUCCGUGCGCGCGAUCCCCGGGUCAACACGGAGCCGACAUGACGGAGAGGAUCCGAGGAAAGCGGAGGAAACAAGCGAACCCGCGCAGGAACCAAGGAGAGAGCGAGCGCGGUCUGGGUUCUGCCGGAGAGGAUGAGGGCAGUGUUUGGGGAAUGGAGGUUCAGGACAGCACAGAUGCUCAGGAUAAAGUGAGCGAGGGAACGGAUCCCGGGAGUCCGGCUCUGGAGAACUGGAUCCACGCGGAGAACACUCCCCGAAACAUCCCGACCACACACUCCGAACGCUGCGACCACGGCCCGUUCAGUGAGACUGACGCUCAUGUGAUGGAUGAUGUGCCUCAUUACGACUCAAUGGUUCAGCUGAGGAAAGUGUCAAACCUGCUCAGUCCGAUUCACACUCAGAAACACAACGGAUCCGUGAACUCGUAUCAUUUAGACGGCGUUCAGGACGACAUGUCUCCGGUUUGCUGGUCUCCGGGAGAACACGACUCACCUGAGGGAAAAGACGGCGAGCCGCUAAACCCCGACGCGCCACAGUCGUGCCCGUUCUGCCAGCGCGAGGCGUCUCUGGGGGAACACCUGAGCUUCUGCCCGGCCCGAGACACCGGAGACGGUGUGUGUCCUCUCUGCGGGUUCAGUUCACCGUACCGGUCUCAGAUGGAGCGGCACCUAAAUCUCCACGCUCACACGCACGAGAAGAACUCCUUGUCUGAGCCCAGUAUGGAGAGCAGGAAGUUCAAGUGUAAUCAGUGUGGAAAGGCCUUUAAAUACAAGCAUCACCUCAAAGAGCACCUGCGCAUCCACAGUGGUGAGAAGCCGUACGAGUGCUCGAACUGUAAGAAGCGCUUCAGUCACUCGGGAUCCUACAGUUCACAUCUCAGCAGCAAGAAGUGCCUCAGCGGGAACGCGGCUCAUUUUAACGGACACUCCCAUCACGCGUACUUGGCGCCCGUCUUCCCAUCACCCACGUCGCCCCCUGUGGUCAGCGGGAGAAACUGCAGCCGGGGAAAGUUCCCGCUGGAGUCCGCUGGUCCCGUUUUGAGCCGGACAUGGGAUCCCGCGGAUGAUUUAGCCAUGAGGACGGGUGUGUUUAAAGGCACAACGUUGCUGCCGUUGCUUCAGUCGCGCAGUAAAUUCGAACACCUGCUUCAGGAGAUGCUCCGUCGGGAGGUGGGAGACGAGGCGCGGAAAAACAAAACAUCAACGGCGUCUUGGCAUUCGAUCCCGCAGCAAAUCCUCGUGCCUUUACCGACACCAUUGCAACUAGCGCAAGAUUCCCCGCACAAUCACUGGCUGGGAGAAGAAGGCAGCCCCACGUCACCCACGUUACCCGAACGCAACCACCUCCGGUAUGGCUCGCCAACUUAUCUGGAUCUGUCAAUCAACACAUCGCCACGACAACCAACCUAUCAUAUUCAGAGCGAACCUUUAGACUUAUCCAUCCCUAAACCUCAUUCGGCAUCCGCCGUGCCACAAGAGACCAGAACUUGUAACGGUUACUCGCCGCAACGUGAACGACGUGAUGGCGAGACUGUGUUUAAGAGAUUGACUCCGACCUCCCAGCAGCAGGUGGGCGGGGCUUAUGCGCCAUCGCCGCUUUUUAGCAGCACGGUGUUCAGCAGCUACCCUCUCUUCAGUCACAUGAUCCCAGGGCACAACGGGCUGACAUCACUUCCUCUCACGCCACCAACACCAAGCCCUGGCUUCCUGUCUCCUGUGGCGUAUAUGGUGGAGGCGGAGCCAGAGCCAAUGCUGAAGAGAAUCAAGCGUGAAAGACAUUCGAUUAUGACUGAAGCCGUGAGCCGUGGCGUUCCCGAGUUCCUGUCUCUGAUGGAGGACGGGAUGGAUGGAGAGAUCGGCUCCGGGAGGAAGAGGCUGAGGAAGACUGAGGAAGGAUUGUACGCCUGCGAUAUCUGUGAAAAAACCUUCCAGAAGAGCAGCUCUCUCCUGCGACAUAAAUACGAGCACACGGGAAAGCGUCCUCACGAGUGUCAGACCUGUAAGAAGGCCUUUAAACACAAGCAUCAUUUAAUCGAACACAGUCGUUUGCACUCGGGAGAAAAACCGUAUCAGUGCGACAAGUGUGGCAAACGCUUCUCUCACUCGGGCUCGUACUCUCAGCACAUGAACCACCGCUACGCCUUCUGCAGUCGGGACAGUGACCCGGACGGGGCCGCCCCCGAGGGGUCCGAGGGGCCCGCUUUCCUCAGCGACUCCAGCAUGGAGGGAACGGCGCUGGAGUUCAGAGACGAGGAGGACGAGGAGGAAGAGGAAAACUCCCUCAGAAACCACAGCUAUGAUGGAGACCGAGAGGAAGAAAAACCCUCCGCAAGUGAGAAACAUCAACACAUGACGGAGUGAGACGUGGAAAACACACACUCGCGUCCUCUGUAGUGUUCAAAGCGACCAAAGACAAACAUAUAAACCCACACACACACACACACACGCAUCUCCAAAGACUCGAUUCAUCGCCACAAUCCAGAGCUGAAAUCACUCCAGUGUGCUAAACACACUCCAGGAAUAAUGAUCUGAGAAAGACGGACGAGAAUGGCUCAUUUUUGCACCAAAUUCAAUUUAAUAUGAAGUUAUAUGUUGCAUUAAAAAUUAUGCCUGUUUUUAGGACCAUCAAGAGUUUUCACACUGGCAUUAAAUAUCAUUACUGUAAGGGGAAAAUUAUAUUAUUAUUAUUAUUUUUUAUAUCAACCUGAUAUUAUAACAAACUAUAUAUAUAUAUAUAUAAACUCAUCUUUAUUAUUGUAAUCCUAAAAAAAGAUACAUCGUAUUUGUACUGAUAUAAAAAUGUAACAAAAAUUCUAUUAAUAUCAAACUAUUUUAACUUUAUUAUUGUAAUGCAAAAAUAUUGUAUACUUAAAUGAUAUAAAAAUGUAAAAAAAUAAUUGCAUUACAAAAACUUACUGAAAUUUACAAAAAUGUCACAAUGGAAAAAUCUUAAUGGUUCUAAAAGUUGGUUCAUUUUCGUUUUUCUUUAUAUUUUAUAUAUAUAUAUAUAUGUUUUUCCUUUUGAUUUUAGAUUGAAACAUGACCUCUUGCUCAUUAAAUGUUUACAUGAGACAACCACAGGUAUUGAAAUAUUAAAUAUUGACCAGCAUUCACAGUUAAUGGAGGGUUAGUUGAUGGUCAGCAUACGGAUCAUUCAGGCUUUUAUGGUUUUCUACAUCAUAAUUAUCUCGGACUAUAACUCACAACAAGAUUAAACACAGAUUUUAAACAGGAAAACUGUAAAAUUGGCUGAUAAUAACCUCAAACUUUCACCUUCUUCAAAUAUUUGAUCAAAUCCUGUUCACGUUGCAAUACUAUCAUAAAGUGUCCUUUUGAGAAAGCUGGAAUCAAUAAGCAUAAAGUGUGUAUUUUGAGUUGCACUGAAUACGACCUCAGAGACGGCUUCAUACUGCCAAUUAUGCAAUUAAGAAUUUAACAUUCAACUAUUAAAAUGCAAAACGGUGCUUCGUUCGUAGUGGACUUUUCUUUAUAUAUGCUGAGUUUCCCCGUAAACACGCACCAAAAAGCUUCUUGCACACGAGAAUCGGGAGGUAUUUUCACCAGUGUUAUUUUUAUACAAAAUGUGUAAGCUUUGUUGAAAUGUUAAUACAUAAUCUUUGUAAUAAAAUUGUACA